AUGUCGGAGGCCGUUGCGACCAUGUCCUUCGAGGACGCCUUCCUGGCCGCCUUGACCGAUGGCAUGGUUCAUAACGGACUAUUGCUCGGCGAGACGUGGGAGGCGCUGUGUAGUCGCAAGUACAAGCCACCGCCCACAGGCACCGCCGUUCUCGUCACAUCCCGCUCGAGGGACUUGACAGAUGCCGAGGUCCAAAUCGCUGCCAAACUGUACCAAGACAGCGUUCAAUCCCAGCCAGACGUGGAUUUGGACGACAUUAUGCAGCAGGUCCUCGACCAACGCGAAGUUAACCACAUGAAAUGGGACUUUGAACGAGCGCAAAAGAUCGCAGCCCACCUCCCGCGCCUUCAGCGACAGGUGUCCGUACUCGCAAAGACCAAAGCUGGCUCCGUCAAGGAGCUGUCGCCGAUGCAGUUUGCAGCGCACUUUGGUGAAGUCCACGUCGUCCUCGCUCUUUUAGCCGCCAGUCCUGUCGAUGCCGAAGCCGCGUUCUUUGAAGCCUGCCGCGAGGGCUACGUCCCCGUUGCCACGGCUUCGUGCUCGCGACUCGUCGCAACCACCUUCUCGUCCUUCAAGCCCUGGUCGCGUCGCCAUUUCUACGCUUGA